AUGGGCAAGAUCACUAAGUCUAUGCAGCCCAAGCACCGGGAGACUUUGUCCCCGUGGCUCAAGGAAUACGUCGUUGCUGCCUCGUCUGCGCCCCUGCCGCUUAUCCCCCAGAAGCUCGAUGAGUUCCCGUCGAGAUGGCCGUUUCCACGCGGCGAUCUAUACCACUGGAUACCGCUACUCAACCGCUUCGACAAUAUCCUCGAGUCCAUCACGGCGACCUACGGGCUGCACGAGGAGUUCCAGAUGCGAGACUUUGGCUGCGAUGUCCUUCUGAACAGCGGUGCACCGGUCCUCUACGGUGAUGAGCACCCGUGGGACAAGGAGCGUUUGCUUGAGCUGGGAUACCGCGAUGAUGGAGACUGUCAGCUUGUGAUAGCAAUUCUCAAGUUCACCCGUAUGCUUUUGGAGCAUUGCGGCAAUAGAAGCAUUUACGCCAGCAGUCUUCAUCUUAAUGAUCUUCUCAAUACAUCAUCUCUCAGCGUUGUCCGUGCAACACUCGGAGUCGGACUGGAACUCGCCCAGCGCUACCAGGCUUCAGUAAAGCGCCUCCACGUGCCUUCGCGCCAGAUGAACACGGCCUUGCUGGCAAACCAUUACAACAUCGAGCUCGACCGCGUGCACACGCUGGCCCAGGCCUUUGUGAAGACACCCAUCAUCAAGCUUUCGGAUGUGCCGCCGGUUACUCCGAGUGCUUCAGCGAGCAAGGCUAAGGACAAGGCUCCUGGCGCGACCCACAAGAACGUGGCUUCCAUGUACGCCAAUGAUCUAGUGUCCAUCGUUGCGCCUGGCCAGGCUGACGAGAGCCGCUGGAACGGAUGGGGAGAUUUCAAGUUCGUCUACUAUCCCAAGACGGAGACGACAGAAAUCCCGGCCCCGGAGGCGACUGCAGCAGUCGAUCGAGGCCCUUCGUCGGUUCCCGCAACACCAACACCCUUGCGACGGAGCACAACCAGCACGUCUCAGACGCCCCGCGCAAACCGGCCCCCGGGAUCCGAGGAUAGCCCGACUAACCGGGGCCAAGGGACGGCCUUCGACGACCGUAGCAACUCGGGUCCGAAAUCUGUUGAGAUUCGUCAGUCUACGGUCCAGUCGACAUCUAUUUAUGACCUUCUGCAACAGUGUCCCUCUGAUAUGCCAAAGAGCUAUCGAUACGAGUUCCUCAGCCGGUUGAGAAUCUGCAAAGCACUUCUCGGGUCGUCAGAGGUUCGGCAAGAGGCUUUGGCUGUGCGCCUAUUGGCCAUCACGAACCUCGCCUACAUUCACCCCGAGGCCACUUUCCUGGAGAAGGCACUGAAGCAGGAUAACGAUGAGCCCCGAAGAUAUCAGCUAGUGUACCAGCUCGCUGAACUAAUCCACCCGUCUGUUGAUGGCGCCGCCGAUACUUCGCUCUGGCUCCAGGCCAUCGCGCUGGCACUGCUUGAGGCCAUCUCUAACUUCCAGUCCAAGUAUCCAGACGUGUUGUCGUCCCUCAACGCCAAUGUUAAUCACGGUGUACUAUUAUAUGUCAUUAGAAAGGCAGUGACUACUAUGAAGGACGAUCCGCCUGGUGCGGAUGAUGGCAAGAAGACCGAGCUGGACGAGUGGCGAAAUAACCUGUUUGGCCUCACUCUUCACAUGGCCAUGUCGUUUAGGAUUGGACAAGAGAUGGUGUCCGCCGGUCUGAUGGAUAUCUUGGUCGAGAUACUCAAUCUCCGCUCGAGGGUUGCAAGCCGCAAUUACAGCAUGGUUCUGGCAUUCCUUGACAGCCUCAUCUACGGGUUCCAAGGAGCUUUCGGUACAUUCAGCAACGCUUCGGGCCUGGAUAGCAUUGCCAACCUCAUAAUACACACCGUCUCUCUCUCUCAGACCCUCACCGCGGCUGGCGAAGGAACCAAGCCCGAUUUCCAUGCUCACCUGGUGGAUUACGAAAUCCCAUUUCAUCAGCAGCAAACCCUCAAAUGGCUUCUCAAGUUUAUCCACCACGUCAUGACUAAUGCUUAUACAUUUGGGGGCAACACCGAUCGCCUACUGAGAAACCUGGUGGACAACUCGACCUUGCUGGCCAGCCUCCGCUCCAUAAUUAAGGAGGCACGUUUUUUCGGAUCCGUGGUCUGGACGAAUGCUGUGACUCUGCUUGGCGACUUUAUCAAUAACGAUCCAACCAGCUUUGCCGCAAUCUCGGAGUCGGGCCUGGUCCAGACCUUUCUCGAGGCCCUCACUGGCCAGCCUGUCGCUUUGGGGCAACCAGACGAGUCCCAGAACUCCGAGUCCAAUGAGGACCAGGAACCUAACUCUCCAGCAUACUCGGACGACUCGGACGAACGGCCGCAUCCCCCUACUCAGGAGAUGCUCGAGGCACCCCGAGGACACGGUCUAGCCCAUGGAAUCCUUCCUUCUUCCGACGCCAUCAAUGCCAUCCCUACCGUUCUGAACUCUAUCUCGCUGAAUAGCCGCGGAAUGAAGAUGGUUGUGCAGUCUCGCGCUCUGGAGGCCUUUCUCGAGAUCUUUGAGAGCCCGCAGCAUGUUCACUGCCUGGAAACAGACUCUGAACUGACCCAAAACGUUGGCAAUAGUUUUGAUGAACUCGCCCGACACCAUCCAGCGUUGCGGCCUGCGAUUUCGGACGCGAUCAUGGACAUGGUUGCUAGGGUUGUGCACUUAGCUAAGGUCAAGUCUACAGAUGCAGGAUGGGGAGCCAAGCUGCAUGUCACCGAUCCCAACGGAGACUCGAUUCCUGCAGACAGCAGCUUACUGGAGAAGUCCACAAGUGCAACAGCGUCGGCAAAGGGGAAAGAGAAGGCCACCGCGGUUGAUUCCGUGGAUACUGAUGUAGAAAUGGUAGACGCCGCCCUGCCGACCGUGGAGUCGUCUGAUGCCAGCUCAGGUACUAGACCAGCGCCGGCUGCAACCUUGCCGACUGUCUAUACUGAGAUUACGCCGUAUAUCCUGGCUGUCUCGACGUUUUUCAACAGCGUCAUGGGAAAUUCCUACUUGAAGACGACCUUCGCCCAGCAAGGCGGGAUUGAAUUCCUUUUGGAACUCUCAGAGGCUCCCAGUCUCCCUUCCAAUUUCGGCGAGACACAGGCAUCGCGUCUGCUUGCGCAAGUUGUUGCGCUUCUUAUUGAGGGAUCCUAUGUGGUGGGGCUACCGUCUCUCCUCAAUCGCAUCCAAGACGCGGUCGAUGAGCUGCAGCCACUAGCCACACGGGAAGGCGCCCAUCCAUACUUUGCGCCCUUUCUCAUCCCUGAUCUGUCACUUUUGGAUCAGAGUGGAGAAUGGGACCAGUCGUUGGUCCGCAAGGUCGCCAACGGAACACAAAUCGUUAAGGCGUUGGUCAAUCUUCAGAGCCUCAUCAAGAUUCUCUUCCAGUGCUUCCCGUACUCCUCCAGACAGGGCGCGACCAAUCUGCCGUCGGCCAACGUCUUUGACUACUACACCCGGUUGAUCAAGCGUCUGGGGCCGCUGUUGCGUGACGUCGUCAUAGAGGAAAUGUCUCUUGAGAAUCUCGUCCCUCCACACUGGUCCCCGAAGCCGUCAGGGCAUGGCCCCGGCGAUCUAUUCAUUUCUAAUGGUAGGGCCGUUGAAGACCUGUCUCUUGCAGAUGUUUUCCCUGGCGCCUUGCAGAGUCUGGACGCGGAAUCGUCCGUGAUCAAGCGGCCGACACAGGAAGAGCAGUCGGCUGUCACCUUCCAAAACUGCCAAACCCUUCACGGCAUUCUGCACUCGAUCUUGCCAUCCACGAUCCCGUUUUUCCAAACCAUCGGCAAGGCUCUUUGUCCCCGGCGUCUCGCGGAUCCCUAUAGCCGCGCACACCAUCUGACAAUUGCUGAAGCUUUGGCGGAGGCAGUUCUGGAGCAACUGAAGCCACCUUUUAAAGAGCUGACGACCAAGGCAUCUCAUCACUGGAUUAUAAUGUUUCACACGGUUCAUGAGAUGCUGAUUGAUCCAACCCGGACGUCAACCGAGCGUAAUUUCCAGCUCAUCAUACCUGUGCUUGUUGCCUUCAAAGAGCAUGGCGGAAUUGAUGUUUUGAAUGGCAUGCUCCAAAAGUUUGCCGACGAGGUUUGCAAGGCUCCUGUCGAAGGCGAGGAUCAGUCCAAGUCGGGGCUGGCGGCUGUCGGGAUGAAGAAGAUACUGGAAAUCUAUUCUCUCAUUGUGAACGGCAAAAACGUAUCCGAAGCCUUUACCCAACUUCACCUGGGUCCCCGACCGGACAGGGGUAAGGAGCACGGGCACCAGCUCGUGGUAGAGUUGCGGAUGUCUAUUCUGCCAGUCGUUCGCAAGCUGUGGGAGUCAGAGCUUGUUGAGAAGGCGACUACACCGCUUCUGAGCAAGAUUAUCGACAUUCUCAAGACAAUCACGGCUGCCGACCAAGAGACAUCUGCCUAUCGUAGGUCUGACAAGGCCCGACCGCCCUCGAUCUUCAAGGCACGCGAGUCGGUGCCAUUCAAUUGGUCUGCGCAUACGGAGCAAAUUAAGACCCUGGAUCGGAAGUUUGAUGACGAAGAGUUGGCCCGGGAAGCUGUCUAUCGUGCUAAUGGAAAGUCGGACGAUGCUUUGGAUUACUGCCGAAACCACUCGGAGGGUUUGGCUGGCAAGCGUAAUCCUGUUCCUGAAGAAGACACGUAUAAAGCCCCAUCAACACCCAAACCAGAUGAGGCCGAUCAACAGAACACGCCAUUUUCUGCCGCGAGCCUGCUGGCGGCGGACCCAAUGGCACUAGACCCGGUGCCUGCAGCGAUCAAUAACUUUCUUCGGGAUACCAUGGACGACUCUAUCCUCGACCGUAUCGGGCAGUCGUCUGAUGAAUCCGAUGACAAUAGCAACGACACGUCAAGCCAGCAUUCUGCCAGUGCCGAGGCAAGCGGGGAGGUUUCAGUGCCUGACCAGACCUUAGCAGCUCUGUCAGUUGAGACCUCGGAGACUCCGUCCCCUCCUGCAGUGACCAGGGAAGACCUGAACGAGGAGCGGGCGAAACUCCACGAUGACCUGAUCGAUCGCUGCCUUGAUGUCGUUAGGGCCCAUCCCGACUCGGUGUUUGAAGUUUCCGACCUGAUCAACAGCACUCUCUUGAAGACUGAUGGUGACGAUAAGCGCACAGAAGUCGGAGAGGUCUUGGCUAAUGCUCUCAUGUCUUUUGCAAUGAAUGACGACGAGGAGAAGAAGGCUGCAGGCCAGAGCAUCGCAGCCUAUGCCCAUCUCCUGUCCCUGCUUCUUCAGAAUCAGGCAUUCUUCAAGGCCACUUUGCCAACCCUGAAGCAGAACAUUGGCGAUUAUCUUGGCUUCCUCAAACUUCCUCCUGCUAGUUCAGACGAGUUGCCCCCUUGGAUGCCAUACAUUCUCCUCAUUUUUGAGAUUCUUCUGUCGGAUGACUCCCAACCGAUAGAGGUCCAGUGGAAGGCCCCUACGAGCGAGCAAGAUACCAUUGAGUUGCCGGUGAUGGUGGAGAGAGAAUCCAACCUGUCCCAUGACGACCGUUCUACCCUUUUGGGCACCAUUCUGGACAUACUUCCACGAGUCGGCAAGGAAGAGUCUCUCGCCAUUUCAGUGCUGCGGAUUCUUGUUAUCCUCACCAGAGAUCACGCUAUGGCCAAGUCUAUCGGCGAGAAGAAGAACUUGCAACGUUUGUUUGUUAUGGCGAAGCAAUCCUGCAAUGCUGGCUCUGGUCGUCUCAAGCAGUCUCACAUUUCAGACAACCUAAUGCUCGUACUUCGCCACAUAGUGGAAGAUGAGGACACAAUCCGCCAGAUGAUGGAGUCUUAUAUUCGUCAGUACAUGAGCUCGGCAGUUCAACGGAACGCUCGAGCCCUUGAUCUGCACACGUAUCUGAGGCAUCUCUCUCAUGUCGCUCUCCGAGCGCCAAGCAUCUUCAUCGAGGCCACGUCGGAUUUGAUCAAGCUUCACCGCUGGUCGCCACAAUCAGCAGACGGCCCUCCGCAUCCUUUCAAUCUGGUUCUGAAAGAGCCGGCGACUGACGCAACAGCACCCCAGAAGGAUAGCUCAGUCGAACCCACGGUUCAGGCAACAGAGGACCUAACUAUCAACGAUGUGAAGCCGUCGACAGAGUCCGAGAACAAGGACAAGGAGGCUUUGGAACCGCCAAAGACGCCAGCUAAUGAACUCAAGCGGCCGGUACUUGAGAAUCCAGAUGGUGUUGUUCAUUUUCUUCUCUGCGAAUUGCUCAACUAUAGAGAAGUCGACGACAAGGAGCUUUCGAACAGCCAGCCCAAGGACUCUAAGCCGGCGAGCGAAUCACCUGGCCCCGGUGGCGAAACUCCCCAGUCUCCUAUAGAGGAGCAGGCUGUCGCGGUCGAAGCCAAGGAUAAGGACAAGAAGCCUAGCAAGCCCUCGUUCAAGGCCGAAGACCACCCCAUCUUUGUGUAUCGAUGCUUUUUGCUUAACUGCCUGGCAGAACUGCUGCAGAACUUCAACCGGGCGAAGGUAGAGUUCAUCAACUUCAAGCGCAGUGCACCGAUCCAGAACCACACGCCCAUCAAGCCUCGUUCUAGCGUCCUGAACUACCUGAUCAAUGAUUUGCUUUGCUUGGGUCAAACCAACACAACACUUGACUCGAUCGCGAUCAAGAAGAAGGCAGCAACCUCCAACCAGGCUCAGUCUGUCCUCGUGGCUCUCGUGACGAGACCUGGCGAAAAGCCAAUCGAUCGCAACCGCGACAAUUUCGAGUACGAUGACGAGCCCGAUCUGCUCUUUGUCCGCCGAUUUGUGCUUGAUACAAUCCUCCGCGCCUACAAGGAUACGUCUAUUCCGGGAGAGCCUUUUGAUAUCCGCUAUGGGAAGAUGAUUUGCCUCGCCGAGCUGAUGAGCCAAAUGAUUGGUGAAAAGGACAAGGAGUCGGCCCCUAGCAACCCCCGCGGCACAGAUCCAGCUCUCACGAGGUCCCAGUGGCAACUCAAGCGUCUCAUGUAUGAGAAGGGCUAUCUCGCCGCUCUGACGGCCUCCAUCGCUGAGAUUGACCUCACCUUUCCAAAUGUCAAGCGUACCAUCAAGUACAUUCUUCGUGUCCUACGAUCGUUGACCAAAACUGCCUACCUACUCAGCCAGUCUGAUAUUAUUCCGGCAACCUCAACAGAUCAAGUGGAGGACGACGUCGUUUCGUCAUCAUCUCUUUCCGAUCUCGAUGAUGAUCGCGAGGAAACUCCGGAUCUCUACCGCAACUCAACUCUGGGCAUGCUUGAGCCCGGACGAGAGGAAGACUUUUCGGAAAACUCGGAAGAGGGUAUUUAUGGCUCUCCCGAUUAUUAUCCUUCCAGUCCCGAGAUACUAAUAGGUCAAGCAGACGAUGAAAUGUAUGACGACGAGCCAUAUGACGAUGAAGUGGACUAUGGGGAUGAAAUGUCUCAAGAUGGGGAAGAUAAUCCCAGCGAUGAAGACGAAGAGCUUGGGGAGAUGGGUGAAAUUGAGGGCCUGCCUGGCGAUCCUAACGUCGUGGAAGUCAUCAUGGGAGACGACAAUAAUGAUAGUGACGACGACGAUGACAUGGACGAGGAUGACGAGGAACCUAGCGACGAAGAUAACGAUGAUGACCUCGAUUCCGAAGACAUGGACGACAUGGAGGACCAGAUCGAAAUCGUUGACGAAGAUGGCAAUGCCAUUCACGACGACGGUGCCUCGGGCUGGGAGAGCGACACCGAUGAAGGGGAUGAAGAGGAUGAAGCGGAACUCGACUACGAGGCCGAGGCUCAAGACCUCCACGAGGCACAGAUGCACGGUAUCCACGAAAACCACCGAUUCCCCCCCAUCAUCCGCUCAGCAAUGGAUGCCGAUGAUCUCGAUGAAGUCGAUAUUCCCGAUUUUGAGGAUCACUACGCAGAUGAUGGCGAAGAUGACGAGGAAGAAGAGGAUGAGGCAGACGACGAUGAGCUGUACUUUGAUCAGGGCCAUCCACGUGACGACCCGGCGCCUCCUGCUAUGCCCAUGGGGCUCGGGUGGGACAUUGCUCUCAACCCCAACCAUCGAUUCCACCACGGGGGUGUACGAAGCCCGUUCCCCACAACGCCGUUCAUGAUCGGAGGACGUGACCCUCUUGGCGAUUUCCGAAGCUACAUUCGCUCCAGCCCUCGCCAAGCGGCAAAUAACACGGACGACGGUGUUAAUCCUCUUCUGCUCUCUGCCACCCGAUCUGGUCAAGACUCAGCGCCCCGGGCUAGCAAUACCAAUAUGAUCCGCUUCGGAAUCCCCCAUACCAUGAUCGGAAAUACGGCUGACGGGCCCCUGGCCUUUAUUAACGACUUGGUUCAGUCAUUGCCCAUGACCGCACGUGGUCCCCACGCUCUAAGCUUUCAAAUAACAUCCGAAGGCCCGCGAGGGGAGGUCCGCCAGUUCAACAUUCCGUUGAACCAUACCCAUUCCGGCCGCGAGAGUCGCUCCGACUCCCGACGCGAUGUCUACCAAGAACCACACCAUGCCGUGUCUUUUACUCCUGAGCAGACGGUUGACCGAUGGCAGGAGGAAGCCAAGAUGGUCUUCGGCAACAACCACACCGACAAGUCUGCCAAGCUCUUCAGCGCUAUUAUCGCUAAGCUCACACCACCCGCCAUGCAACACGAGAGAGAAGUCAAGGAUCGUGAAGCGAAAGAGAAGAAGAAGCAGGAAGAGGAGCGCAAGAAGCGCGAAGAAGAAGAGCGGAAGAAGCGAGAGGCCAAAGAGGCCGAGGAGAAAGCGGUGAGAGAGAAGCAGGAAGCAGAGGAACGCGAACGUCAACUUGAGCGCGCUCGCAUAGAGCGUGAGCAGGCCGAAGCAGCAGCGCUAGCUGCUGAGCAAGCUGCCGAACAGGCAGCGGAGCAAGCCGCAGGCCAAGAUGCACAGGCUGCAGCUUCAGACAGUGGGCACGGCGGUCCUCAAGACAUGGAAGGCGUUGAAUCCCACCCAGUGGGCCAAAACGAACCCGAGCAGGCCGUGGCUCCAGUACCGCGUGUCCUUACCAUUAUCCGCGGUGAGGAGAUCGAUGUCACCGAGCUUGGUAUCGACCCUGAAUACCUUGCUGCCCUUCCGGAGGAGUUUCGAGAAGAAGUCAUCGCCCAAACUAUUAGCAGCCGGCGAUCUGAGGCUCGAGAGCAGCGUGAGAACGAAGGAGAGAACACCGAGGUCUUCCAGGAGUUUCUAGAAGCCCUUCCCGAUGAGCUGCGGAUGGAAAUCGUCCAGCAGGAGCGGCAAGACCGCCGCCGUCGCGAACGUGAUGCGCAGCGUCGGGAAGCUGCCGCUAGUGGACAAGACCUUGGUCCUGCGGAGAUGGAUACAGCCAGUAUCCUGUUGACGUUCCCUGAGGAGCUCAGGACGCAGGUCCUUAUGGAGCAAGGUGAUGAAAUCAUGGAACACUUGCCACCUGGGCUGGCGGCAGAAGCUCGCGCCAUCGCUCAGCAACAGCGUAACCUCCACCGAGCACCUCGUGCGAUAGUAGCCCGUGCCCGGGACGUUGUUCGCCAAGCUGCCGAAGCAAGGGGUGCGGUUGAUACCAAAUCUCAGCGGCGGUCUACUGUGCAGAUGCUCGACAAGGCAGGCGUGGCUACACUCCUCAGGCUCAUGUUUGUAACCCAGCAGGGCUCCAUCCGCAGCCACCUUUUCGAGGUCUUCAUUCACGUCUGCGAGAACCGCCAGAACCGUCUCGAGGUCAUUUCCACCCUCUUGCAAGUUCUCCAGGACGGGAGCACAGAUAUGGACGCUGUCGAGCGCAGCUUCAGUCAGUUGUCGCUCAAGGCCAGGCAAGCGAGAGAGAAGGACGCCAAGACGCCAAACAACCUGAAGAGGACAUUCACAAACAUGAGCACAAACAGCAGCCAGAUCUCAGGCAGCUCCGAGAUCUCGCCUCUCCUGGUUGUCCAGCAAUGCCUCGACCUUUUGGUGGACCUUGCCUCCAAGAACCCCCAUGUGCCCUCUCUUUUCUUGACAGAGCACGAAACCGUCGCCUCAACCCUCAAGCGAAGCUUAAGCCGAAAGGGCAAAGGCAAAGACAUCAACCCCAAGGCCCAGAAAUAUGCAAUCAAUUCCCUCCUUGGACUGUUGGACCGAAGCCUCGUCAUGGAGAGCUCGGCUGUCAUGCAGCUGCUUGCAGAUUUGCUUAAUAAGGUCACGUACCCGCUACAGGCACUUGAGCGUCGACGUAAGGAGGCCGAAGAGGAGGCCAAGAAGAAGGAAACCGAAGGGGAGAAGGCCGACUCAACUGCUGAAAAUGCCAACGCGUACGAUGACCAGCUUCCUGUCCAGCAGGCUCCAGAGGUGGCUACCGCGACCUCGACUGAAGAGAGCACGGCAGGGAAUCCGGCACAAGACAUAGCCCAGACCGAAGGCGAGAGCUCGACAGUGAAGGAGUCCAAGCCCGAAGAGGAAAAGAAGGUGCGGCAACUUACGCCGCCCACGGUCCCGGAACACAACUUGAAGCUCGUUAUCAACAUCUUUGUGGCCCGAGAAUGCAGUUCCAAGACAUUCCAGAACACCAUCUCGACCAUCAAGAACCUCUCCAACAUCCCUGGAGCUAAGAAGACGUUUGGAGACGAGUUAGUACGCCAGGCUAGGGUUCUCAGCGAGAACAUCUUGUCAGAUCUCGAUGAUCUCCUUCCGCAUAUCCUCAAGGCCGAGUCUGGAACCGAAAUCCAUGGCGUUGCGCUGGCUAAGUUCUCGCCUGGGGCGUCGGAGCAAAACAAGCUUCUUCGUGUCCUGACUGCGCUUGAUCACCUCUUCGACAACAAGGGCAAGAAGUCGGACAGCACCACAGAAGGCGAUGCUCAUACUAAAGAGGACCUCCUGGGAUCCUUGUACUGGAACCCGACAUUCGGCACCAUGUGGGACAAGCUGAGCAACUGCCUGAGCGCGAUUCGGCUACGAGAGAAUAUGCUCAACGUGGCUACCAUACUCUUGCCGCUUAUCGAGUCGCUGAUGGUCGUGUGCAAGAACACCACUUUGGGAGAUGUCCCUCUCUCGCAGAGCGUGACAAGCAAGGAUAUGCUCCUGUCUAGUCCGCCCCCCGAGAACCGCAUUGCUGGUUUGUUCUUUACCUUCACCGAGGAGCACCGCCGGAUUCUCAAUGAGUUGGUGCGACACAAUCCCAAGCUCAUGUCUGGCACCUUCUCGCUUCUCGUGAAAAAUCCGAAGGUGCUCGAAUUUGACAACAAGCGCAACUACUUCAACCGCAGCGUGCACUCCAAGACUGGCAACCAGCAAACGCGCCCGUCAUACCAGCCGCUGCAGCUUGCUGUCCGCCGCGAGCAAGUGUUCCACGACUCGUUCCGGUCUCUCUACUUCAAGUCGGGCGCCGAGAUGAAGUUUGGCAAGCUCAACAUUCGCUUCCAUGGCGAGGAAGGUGUGGACGCUGGCGGUGUUACGCGCGAGUGGUUCCAGGUCUUAGCUAGACAAAUGUUUGACCCCAACUAUGCGCUUUUCAUCCCCGUCUCGUCAGACCGCACCACGUUCCACCCCAACAAGCUCAGCGGCAUCAACGACGAGCACUUGAUGUUCUUCAAGUUCAUCGGGCGCAUCAUCGGAAAGGCGCUGUACGAGGGUCGUGUCCUCGACUGCUACUUCAGCCGUGCCGUCUACAAGCGCAUACUUGGCAAGCCUGUGUCUGUAAAGGACAUGGAAUCGUUCGACCCCGACUACUACAAGUCGCUUGUUUGGAUGCUCGAGAACGACAUUACAGACAUUAUUGUUGAGACCUUCUCGGUCGAGGACGACGAGUUUGGCGUCACCAAGGUGGUUGAUCUGAUCGAAAACGGGCGCAACAUUCCGGUCACGGAUGAGAACAAGCACGAAUAUGUUCGCCUCAUCGUGGAGCACAAGCUUCUGGCCUCGGUCAAGGACCAGAUGGAGCACUUCUUGAAGGGCUUCCAUGACAUUAUCCCCGAGGAGCUCAUCGCCAUCUUCAACGAACAGGAGCUCGAGCUUCUCAUCUCGGGCCUGCCAGACAUUGACGUUGAUGACUGGAAGAGCAACACCGAGUACCACAACUACUCGGCAGCCUCGCAACAAAUCCAGUGGUUCUGGCGAGCCAUCCGUUCCUUCGACAAGGAAGAGCGGGCGAAGCUUCUCCAGUUUGUGACUGGAACCUCCAAGGUCCCUCUCAACGGCUUCAAGGAACUUGAGGGUAUGAACGGCGUCAGCCAGUUCAACAUACAUCGGGACUACGGCAACAAGGAGCGGCUUCCCAGCUCGCACACUUGCUUUAAUCAACUUGACCUUCCCGAGUACGAGAGCUACGAGACCCUCCGUAGCCAGUUGCUGAAGGCUAUCACAGCUGGUAGCGACUACUUCGGCUUUGCCUAG